ACUUGAACUUUGCAAAGUCUAACUCGGUCAAACCUAUUUCAUUAAUAUCUCUACCUUGAUGCUAGCUGUAUUAAUGGUCCAUUAAUGGACCAUUAAUUAACCUCAUUUGGUAGUUUCUUCUUUCUCUGCAGAGCAGAUAGGCGAUCCUGUCCAAGGUUUAGGGUUUGCACAUUUCAAGCUAUUUGGUUUAUCUUCUCUGUGGUUCAGUCAGUCCUCUACAAGGAACUUGAAACCAUAUCAACAAAAUCAGCAAUUUUAUAAUCCCGAUACUAAAUUCAGGCCCCGUGUUAGGAGAUUCAGUUAUAUUAUAUCACCAACUAUAAUAUUAACGAAGGCCGCUAUACAGAUUACGGAUUUUUGUUCUUUUAAUUAUUUUCACGUUAGAUGUCAAGGUUCAUUACAGGAAUAGUUUAACUCAAACUCUUAAGAGCUUAUGUAGUCCUUGCCACAUAUAAUACAUUCUCUUGUAACUGCUCAUAACUGGUUGUAACUAACUAACUAACUGACAGCUGUUAGUUGGUUAGACUCUUGGCCCUACCUAGAAGAAUCUAUAAAUGGAUUGUUUCUUAUUGUAAUAUUCAGAAAAAUCAAUAUAAGAGAAAUUCAGAAAAUAGAUUUCAUAAUCUCCCUCUAAAUACAUCACAUAACUUCUAUUAAGGGUAAUCAUUCUAAUAUUUGUAUUUCUUGAUCUUUGGCAUGGUGUUGAUAUCUUCAGUCUUUGAUCUUUACUUCUGAGCAGAACAAGUGUAUAGUGCUGUACUCCCAGAGAAAUUAAGGCCAAAAAAGUUGAACAUCUGUAGGUUCAUACUCCAAAGCUGGUGAAUAAUUUCCAUGAUUAUCCUGAUAUUGCCAUGGAUAAACAGAUUUGGAAAAAACGUUCAGGAGAGGCACGUUUGAAACGAAAAAUGAUUUUAAAUGAAAAAAGGCCUAGCAGAUUCAGGAUAUCUCCUGAAAGUGAAAAGAUGCCUCAUUACGCCAAUGAUGGGAAUCAUUUAUCCAGACCAGUCAUGUAUACUGAGACAGGCAGACCCUCGAUGUCAGUGCCUCUGUCAUUUAAUUCUAAGGAGCAAGAAACUUCAUUUAUCAAUCGUAAUACUGUAAUAUAUGGACAUUCAUUGAUAUCAGGUAGACGUAUUAUUGGAGAAAACCAUCAUGUAUCCCCCGGGGAACCAGAAAUUCGUUCUACUUCUACCACUCAUCUUGAGGAAGUUGAAGAGAAUCAUUUAUCCAGACCAGCCGCAUAUAAUGAGACAAGUAAACACUCCAUGGCAAUGCCUCUGUCAUAUUAUUCUAAGGAGCAAGAAACUUCAUUUAUCAAUCGUAACAAAUCUGCUGCAAUAUUUGGACGAUCAUUGAUAUCAGGUAGUCAUGGAUCCCCCGGGGAACCAGAAAUUCGUUCUACCACUCAUCUUGAGAAUGUCGAAGAAUACUUAUCUGAAAAUGUCGAUGCAAAAAAUAUUGGAACACUUAAUACAGGAAGAGGAGUAUGUUCUGCGAUUGCGAUGAAGAGGCCAUUUCAAUCAUCGCUGUACACUUCUUCGCCAAACUCCACCAGUAAGGGCUUUCUUACAAAUCUCAUGCCCAAUCUUCCAACAAAUAACAUUCCAAUCAAAAUACCUUCUACAGAUAUCAACUCCUCAGAUGUACUCAUCAGACGAGCAGCAAUGUAUCAGGAUUACAUGGAGCAGAUCCCAAUCCCGAGUAAUCGAGGCUCUGUCAUCCCAUUUACCUCGUGGAUGGAAUUAGGCAAAUCCAUUAAGAAGCUAUAUGGACAACCUCUUCAUUACCUCACAAACAUCCUCCUUAAACAAUGGGACCAAAUGAGAAUUGGCAGUGAGGAUGAGUAUAAGCGCUUAGACGACAUAAUUCAUCCAUGCAAAGCUGAAACUACCAUAUGGCUCAUGGAAGAAAUCCAUCGCCAAUCUAUAUCCCAUUUGCAUCUUGCCGAUCUCUGGAAAAAGGACCCAAUGUACAAUGGUUUUAUUGAUUCCAUUUUCCCAACAUUACAGGGCACAUCAUGAGCCUCCUUGUUUUCUGUUUUAGAUUAUUUUCCUUUUAAAUACAUGGCUGCAUCUCAUUAUGUGUCUGCCAAUGAUAUUGUAGUCUUAGUUACAGUCCUGGAUUGAAAAUUUUGUAUGACCUCCUCAAGUUACAGCAUGUUGUGAAUUUUGUUGAACAAAAAAAAAAAUACUUAACAUGAUUUAAAACAAA